CUCAUCUGGUAAUUAGUAUCUGCUGUACGGCGAAGUUUUCGUUUCUGUGUCUGCUGCAGGUGCUGCUGGACUUUGUUCUGGCUUUAGGCGAGUUCGUUUGCUCUCACGAGUUGCGUGGCAAGAGAAGCGCGCAGGUUGUACGUCUUCUUGCGCGACAACCUUGGCAGGUGAGUUGUUCUUCGCGAAAUUGCUUAUAGGCUCGUCUGGACGUCAGCUACAGCGUUAAAGCUAGCAACACGACGAGCAGUCUGUCCUACACUUCACUGGCUUCCGUACUGUCACGUACGGAAGUUGCGUGAUCAUGCACUUCCUAGUAUGUCACUGGUGACGGUGAUAUCCUACGUACUGUACGUCAGUAGCCAAAGUGAACAGGGUUUGACGUACUUUUGCGAGAGAGAAGAGUAUGGGCUAACGAGGUAACGUGUUGUGCGUGGGUUGUGGACGUUUUUGCGUGGGGUUUGUUGUUGUCAACUGUUGCUUUCAGUUUGAACGUUCGUCAGGGCCGCCUACGUCGACAUAUCAUCUUUUGGUAGAAAGAAGUGGGCUAACGAGGCGAUCGACGUCUUGUGUGUGAGCUGUAGAUCAGGUAGACGUUGUUGCGUGGGGCCAUGGGGUUUGUUUUGUCAACCGUUGCCUUCAGUUGUCUGUAUAUAUAGUGCUUUGUAUCUCUUGGUUGGGAUAGUUUGCAGUUGUUUUUUCACUGUUACGUCGUCCAGCUCUAAAGCUAUACAUUAUAUUUCCAUGGAUGUUUGUUUUUUGUGCUGCCAACCUUUCAAUAGUGAAUGGCAGCGUAAGAAGAGAAAGAGACUUUAUGGUGGCAGCUGUGCAGAAGCAAGAAGACAGUUGGAAGAUGUCAGCCUGAACUCUUUGGGACUCCCACUAGCUACUUACUGUCAGAGAUAUGAAUCAGAUGAGUCCAUAUUUCUUUGCUGUAAUUGUGAAAAGAAGUUGACAGAUUUGGCCAAGUGUACACAACGCAGCCAUGCUCUGAAGGGAGAGAUUGAACAACUGUUGACUAGUGUAGCAACAACAGUUACAAGUGGAAGUCUAGCCAAAAGACCCCAUCUGGACACAACUGAGACAGGCAGCUGCACACCUGAGCAGCUGAGUCCUGCAGGAGAGAGUGCUGUGACAGGUGCAGCAGGGUCUCCAAUUGUUCAGACGCCUAGUCCUAGAUCCCCAUGUUUACAUUACACCAACAAGUCACCUGCAGUCACAGUAACUGUCCAGUACAGACGUGGUUCAAAGAUAUUCAAACUUAGGACUCCCAGGAGAAGGCGUGCUGUCAAGCAGUGUGUUCAGAAAUCAUUAUCUGCAAUGUCUAGUUUUAUGCUACAGUCUAGAAAGGGAGCUGGUGCUGCAAUGAGCAGCCUUAAGAAUAUGAUCGAACGAGAAGUGAAAGGGCUACGAAAGCUGAACAAAUCGACUAUGUUCCUGGGCGGCAAAGAAUCUCUCACCGACUUUUGCUGGGACAAUGUCUGGUUGGAGUUGCAUAGGUAUGCUCCCACUCUGAUGGACGUUCUGUCAGUUUUGGUGUUAGACCCGACAGACAACAAGCCAAUGGUCUGCUUGGUGGCUGCCAUGGUACUGAAGCAGAGAUACAAACACUUCUCAAUAGUUCAGCGUGCUAUUUCUUUAUUGCUCUAUGGAAAUGGAACUUCGAAGCAGGUUUACAAUUGUUUGCAACCACUGAUGGUAUGUUUGUCAUACCAAAGCACCAUCGAGCUGGUAGAUGUGUUGUCUCAAGAUUGGGAUAAGGAAGUUCGUCUUUGGUCUGACCACUGGAAAGCAUUAACCCUAGAAUCUCAUCCUCCAAGGGAUGGUGGUUCUAAUCUUCCUUUACUUGACACAGAACCGGCUGCAGGUCAAUUAGAGGUAUCUUCUGAGAGAACUAUAUCCCCUCGAACUUUCAGUCCUCUUGCAACAUUGAGUGACAUCAGUGACUCCAGUCCUUUUGCAAGUCAGGAGUUGUCACCAUCUUGUCACGGAGACAGCAUGGUUUCUGAUGAAGUAAGGUCAGCUGGCCAGACCUGGACUGGUUUCAAGGUAGUAGGCGACAACAUAGAUCGCAACGUGAGACCAGCUUAUCAACGAAUGGAUCAUAGGACCCAGUCCUAUCAUCAUUUCCACUCAGUAGCCAUCAAGGAUCGUGUUGACCUUUCCUCUGCAUCAAACGAGACUCCGCAAAAGAGACCGUUAGACCUUAAAAGUCUACUGUUGACCACCAACGAUGUCAAUAGACUGAAAAGUGAUUUCAAAGUCCUAUUGUCAAGGGUUGUAGUCACAAGAAUGUCUGAGUUUUCUGACCAAGCAGAAGGAGUGAACUGGCAUAUUACAUGCAAGUAUCCAAAUGAAAUGGCUACUAAAUCCACUGUGGUGCCUCUGGGAGUACUGCUGCUAAAUGAGAAUAAACUCCCAGAUAUGUGCAAAAUCUUGGAAAUCCUUCAGCAGUACGUUCCAUCUGUCGCCGUCACAAGAUCGUACCAUGUUGGCCAGGUGAACUUAACACUGGAAGAUCAUGACUUUUCUAAGGUUUUGUUAGGUGGUGACCAACUGACAGCAGCUAGGGCUAGAGGAGCUGCUGCUUUGAGAGACGGCCACAACACCAGUCAUGACCGUCUAGAAGGAUUUGAGGCUGUAAUAGAAGAUUGGCAUGCACGAUUAGCAUUUGCCAAGGUCAUCUGGAAACGUUUGUAUUCGGGGAAGUCUGGACAAGAUAAGGGGACCUUGUAUCAGCUGAAACAACUAAUCAACAGAACUGCUGUUCGUGCUGACCCAAGCAAGGAUUUGAAAGCUGUAGAAGAUUUCUUUUUUCUUGUUUGGCAAGCACAUGUGGUUGCCAGUGCCAAGGUUGUUCUGACCAAAGAGAUCAUCGUUGCAGUUGAUGUUCUGGCUGAGAAGAUGGUUGAGAUGUUUGUUGAACUAUAUCCAUCAGGAUUUCCUGCUCAUCCUGAUGGUGUAUACACGUACGGUCUAGAAGUAUUCAACCUAGGUCUGUUGUAUCACGGUUUUCAUGAUGCAAUUCGAGAAGGUGAUGGCGAUCGUGUAAUUUUAUAUUGGAAAGCACUUUUGAUCAUAUUCAGAACAUCAAACUGCCACAACUACAGCAAAGAGGCAUUGCUUUUACUUGUGCAACAACAAACCUUGCCCGAAAGAUUGGCAAUGCAAAUGAAAUGGUCAAGGUUUGUAAAUAACAAAGGUAGAACAGGAUGUAACAUCCCUUGCGAUCUAGCAAUGGAGCAUCUGAAUCGAAGACUAAAAUCCAUUCUUCACAACAUGGGAGCUAAUAUCCAGCCUAGCUCGAUUGUUAGAGCUGCCAAGAGCAUUGGCAUAGUUGAUAGUAUAUGUACAACAUUUGAAGAAUCUCUUCACAUCCAUCCUGCUUCUGCCCAUCAUCCGGUGCCUACUGAUUACAAGGAUUUCAACACUGUUUUGGAUGUGCUACUGGACAAGGACGUUUUCCAGAAAAUGGAUGGAAAAAGGCAACAUAGCCAGUUCAAGUUUUCUCAUACACUUUUUGUGCAAGGAGACAGGGACAAAAUUGUUAAGUGGAUGGAAAAAACAUUGGGUCAGAUGUUUCAUAGCAUUGGAAUUGAAGAAGAAGAAGAAGAGGCAUCGGCAACCGAAGAUGAUGAUGGUGAUGAUGAUGAUCCAACAACUGCUGGAAUGACUAUUGUUUGAAAGCAGUAUCUAUAUAGUCUCAUUCAUCCAAACAGCCAUCCUUCUAUACAUUCAUAUACAUUCAUAUACAUUCAUACGGUAUUACCUUGCAUGAUAAUGCAUUACGUUACUAGCAGACAGAGACAUUUGCGCACCUGAUGCAUGCACGCUUGACACUUGCAGUCACUGCAGAUUUUAUACUGUGUACCUUUGAUGUUAUUGCUGACAUAUCUUUGUCUGGAUUGUACAGUGUUACAGUUUGUCCCCUUGUGAUAAAUAUAAUUUCUAUUAUCUCAGAAAUGUGUGUCAGAGUGUGAUGCCUGGUGCUUGUCCUAGAGUUUUAUGGGAGCAUAGAUCGACAGAAAUACUAUAUCUAUUGGUAUAUAUACCGUCUACUGUUUGCUAGUUAUAAGCAUGGCCUAAUGUGCCGCAGUAGUGUGUCUUGGAUUGCAUGGCUUUGGAUUGGCUUGCAUUCACUACUCAUAGAUCUCAAGACCAUCCACUCAUUUUUCAAUAUCCUCGUUUUAAUUAAGAUCUGGCAAACCUUU